AUGGUAUUUGCUGUGCGCAAAAAGCGCAGACAGGAUUCAAGCACAGUAGCUUACGAACGAGAUGAAAAUUCUCAAUUUGAAUUAGCAAUGGAUACAAAGCUUGAAAUGAACAUGGAUGAAGAAUAUAAUCAACUGAUUGGUCAUCAUCCAAACAUCGUGAAUAUCAUUGGUUUUCGUCGUGUGGGCUUGUGCUGGGAACAGUUCGUAGAAUACAUUGAUGGCGAAAAUUUCUACAAUUACAUGGAUGCAUUAUAUUUUAAAACGAAUCGCUUAAUUGAAGGAGAUAAAGCUCGUUCAUUUUUCACAAAUUUGAUGAAUGCUGUGGAGCAUAUUCAUAGUUUGAAAUUAGCACACAUGGAUAUAAAGCUGGAACAUUGUCUAAUUACCAGAAAUGGAAUUCUGAAACUGUCUAAUUUCGCGGAAGCACGAAUUUUUGUGCCUAACCUUAAAUUCGCUUUUCCUGAAUAUUUCACCAAAGCUUAUGCUGCUCCUGAAACACUGAAAAAAAAAUACAGGCCAGACGUCGCAGAUAUUUGGGCCUGUGGAAUAUUUCUGUACGUCAUGUUGAAGAAAUGUUUUCCGUGGGAUAUUGCGAGAAAGAACGAAGAUAGAAAUUAUCGUAGAUGGGUUAAAAACGACGAUAAGAUCGCAUUUUUGAGCAUACCGGGUUGCUAUGGAUGUGUUUCAGGUAGGUUUUUAUUGAAUAAAAAACUCAUUUUUUUAACCAAGGUUGUUGGUGCUGUACUGACUAGAUAGAA